AUGGCAUGGAAGGCUUUACUGAUCAAACUAGGAGAUCUCCGCAUCCCACGCUAUAUGUACUGUUCAAGUUCCGUCAAAGGGGUGCAGUUGCAUGUAUUUGUCGAUGCCAGCCUGGAUGCUUAUGCUGCAGUAGCAUACCUGCGUGUUAAACAUGGCGGCGAGAUCCGAUGCUCUUUGGUGGCGUCAAGAAAUAGAGUAGCUCCAUUAAAACCAAUAUCAGUGCCUCGAAUGGAAUUGAUGGCAGCUGUUUUGGGUCUGCGCCUGGCCAAAUUUCUGGAAUCGGAGCUGUCAACAAAAAUUGAGAAGCGCAUAUUUUGGACUGAUGCGCGAGACGUUCUGUACUGGAUAAAAUCCGACGCCCGUAAGUACCCUCAAUUCGUGGCCUUACGCAUUGGAGAGAUUCUUGAAGGAUCUGAGAUUGAAGAUUGGCGCUGGGUACCUUCGGAACAGAAUGUGGCAGAUGAAGGAACCAAAUGGACCAAGAAAUGCGAAAUAAACAGCUCAGCAAGAUGGUUUACUGGUCCGGAAUUUUUAUUGCAAGGCGAGUCGCAGUGGCCAUCGCGAGCAGGAGUUGACAUUAGCAGCGAGUGUGAACUAAUGUACCAUGACGAGGAAACGCGGGUGAACAAGUCACCCAUUGAUUCGAUUAUGCCGGAUCCGUUGCGUUUCAGUAGGCUUGAGCGUUUGCGUGCUGCCCAAAAACGAGUACUGGAUUUCCUACGCUAUAUAUGCAAGGAACCGCGUGGGCCUGAACUGGUGAGACUAUUCAAAGUAAAACGCUAUGUGGAAAUGGAUACUGUCUUUAUACGAGCAUGCCAAGAAGAAGCGUUUGCUGAUGAAAUACGCUGUCUAAAGAAAGGAGACUGCGUAACUAACCGGAAAAGUACAAUUUUCAAGCUCUCACCAUACCUUGAUGCAGCCGGAGUGCUUCGAAUGCAAGGACGGAUCGAAGCCAUUGAAGAUGUGGAGGUGAACGUGAAGCAUCCGAUUAUCCUCCCGUCACGCCACAGAGUAACGUAUCUAAUAGUGGGAUACUAUCAUCGCAAAUAUCAUCAUCUGCACGGAGAGAUUGUUGUCAACGAAAUUCGGCAACAAUAUUGGAUACCAGGACUGAGAGUGCUUGUAAAGGACAUCGUGAAAAACUGUUCGGCUUGCUGCAUCAGACGCGCGCAGCCGCUUCCACCAAUAAUGGGAAAUUUACCCAAGGAACGUCUUUCACCGUUCAGUCUGCCUUUCACGUACACUACACGUACACGUGGACUAUUUCGGACCAAUGGAAAUCGCCGUAGGAAGACUUGUUUACUGCUCGCCGAGGUGUUCCUGUUAAGAUGCUGUCAGACAACGGAGGUGGAAUCGAAGUAUCCGGAAAUGUCGUUUGCCUUUAUUCCACCCGGAUCACCUCACAUGGGCGGAGCCUGGGAACGCAUGGUGCGUUCUACAAAGUCGAUCCUGACAGAAAUUCUGGCGCAUGCCGGACUGCGAGAAGAAGUACUACGAGCGGCACUGGCUGAUGCCGCUGAUGAGACGAGCAAGCGGAACUCCUGGCCGAAAGGAAUCGUUGCUGAGGUUCAUUGCGGAAAGGAUGGGCAAGUAAGGAGCGCUGUAGUGCGAACAACUGAAGGAUUCGUAACUCGCCCUGCGGUUAAGUUGGCCAAAUUGGACAUCGUCAUGGAUGGUAAUACUUAG